CAGGAAAUUACUUUCCACAAUCGCUUUGUAUCAGCGGUCUUGCUAGGCCAGUUCACAGUUGUUUUAAAAAGGUCGCUGUCUGUUUUUGUGAAAAAUGUCGGGAGCAUCAAACCUUAUUGCGAUGAAGAAGAUUGUUCAGCAACUGAGAUUUGAGGCGAGCAUCAACAGGGUGAAGGUAUCGCAGGCAGCAGCCGACCUACAACAGUUCUGCAUGCAGAACGCCCUUCAGGACCCUCUGCUCACAGGUGUUUCUUCAAGCACCAACCCUUUCAGGCCACAGAGGAUGUGUUCCUUCUUGUGAGACCACACUGGAGAAUUUGCCAAAGGCUUUUUGUCAUGGAGAUCUGAAAAAUGCUAAAUAACUGCUGCGAAAUAUUGCCAUCAACACAGGGAAGAGUCUGCACACAUCAAUAAUAAUUUGAGGAAUCAGUCAGCCUCAUGCUGCCAAGCUGCCAUAACACGUUUCAGAGACUAAACCAUUUCAGUCAGAAUUUAGAGAUAACAGGAAUGAAGCGCCAGGGUUUGUCAUGUACUGCCUUACGUCAACACCCCAGACCGAGGGAACAAACUUGUGAAAUUUUAGCGGCACAAACAGUGUCUUAAUUGUGCCUUUUUUUGUACUUCUCCUACUUUUAUAACUAAUAAACCAUUAUUAUACAUGUU